UAUGCAUUUCCCCGUUUUUAGUUCGCCGCAGCUCUUGUCGUUUUGAUUGAUUACAAUUUCAUACAAAAACAAAUCCCAAAUUGAGAAGAUUCCGUUGCCGUAAUGUCAAAUCCAAAUCAUAUUCAUAUUCUUCGUGUUCUUCUUCUCGCCCCUGCAUUGAUGGCUAGCAUUGUGAAUUCAAUGCGGUUCGAGCUGAAAUCCGGUCAAUCCAAGUGCAUUUCCGAGGAUUUGAAGAGUAACGUCAUCACCGUCGGUAAUUACUACGUUCUUAAUCCCAACAACGAUGGAUUCCCCAUUCCUGAUUCUCACAAGAUCACUGUGAGGGUGCGUUCACCUUAUGGGAACGAUUUUCACUAUGGGGAUAGUGUGCAUUCCGGUAAUUUUGCAUUUACUGCAGCUGAGGCUGGUGAUUACACUGCUUGUUUUUCGGUGCCAUCCAAUCUCAACCUUGCGGUAACUGUUCUCGUUGAUUUUGUUUGGAAAAAUGGGUUUGCUGCGAAGGACUGGUCUAAGGUUGUCAAGAAGGGGCAUAUUGAAGUAAUGGAAUUGGAGUUACAGAAGUUGAAUGAUAUUGCCUCAUCUAUCCACGACGAGAUCUUUUAUCUUCGUGAAAGGGAGGUAGAGAUGCAAGAUCUUAACGACGAGACCAACACCAAGAUGUUUACCUUCACUUUGGUUUCUAUUUUGGUUUGCUUGUCUGUGGCUGGUUUGCAACUAUGGCAUUUGAAGUCAUUCUUUGAGAAGAAGAAGCUAAUCUAAGAUGGAUUUUUUUCUUUUUGGUUAGCUUGGUUCUUUUUCUAAAUUGACUGGUUGUUCCUAAUGUAUCCAUAUACCUGAUUUAGAUUAUGUUUCUUUUAUAAUUUAUAUUGAUAAUAAAUAGUUGCAGCCAAUUUUUAUUUUGUUGAUGGGAUGUAACAAUGAAUUAGUCUAUUUCAGAUUUUAUUUUUCUGGAUUUUUUUUAAGGUUUCAGUGAGCCAUA